AUGGAAAAGUUUGUAGUCGCCUUUGCUGUUUUCACUUUUUGUACGAUAGUCAUUGCAGUAAUGAGUAUAAUUGCAAUGAAACAAAACCCAGAAGUCACCAGUAGCUGUAGUAUGAGCGACUACCUGAAAACAAUGACGUCAUACAUAUCACAUAAAGGCGUGAAAAAAAUUGAAGAGGAACUUCCGGGGAGGUGCCUAAGGGACAAGCAAUAUCCGGAGGAAGUAAAGAAAUUCCGUCUUGCUUUAACGAAUAUCAUGCAAACCUGUAACAGCAUCAGAAGAGAUAUAAGAAAAACAAUACAAGAACCAAUACUUACGUUGUUUACAUCUGUAGAUCCCGACCCUAAACAUAAUGAAGUAACAGUUCGUACAUUACAAAACUGGGGAUCAUUUAUGCCUUACAUAAACAUUGUAAUGUUUACAAAUGACAGUCGUAUUAAGAAACAGUCACGUGAUCACGGAUGGACUGUAUUUCCAGUGAUGAGUGUUGGUGUGGAAGGAAUUCCAGUUCUUAAGGCCAUGUUUCAGAAAGUCAUACAGAAUUUCAGCACCCCAUAUUACGGGUUUGCCAAUGGUGAUAUACUCUUCACAGAGACCAUAUUAGAAAGUAUGUUAGCUGCUCGGAAAUAUUUCAAUCACGACGAAAAUGUAAUGCUAACAGGAAGAAGAAUCAACGUUCCUCAUCUUACUAAUAAAGAAUUAGUUUCCUACAAAUUCAUGGAAAAGGCUGCAAAAGAAAGAGGAAAUUUGUUCGUCAUUUCUUCAGAAGAUUAUUUUAUCACAACAAAACAUUUUCCAUGGCACAGUAUUCCUAAUUUUGUGAUCGGAAGACCAGCCUACGACAACUGGCUUGUUGCGCAUGCGCGAUGCAAUCAUAUAAAAGUCGUGGACAUGACCAACUCUAUCCUAGCCAUUCACCAAACAACUGAGACGGGAAACAAAAAUGGGCAUGCGCACAGCUCCGCAAACUAUAACGACGCAUUACUGGUUUCAAUAAAUGCCCCUCGUGACUACGUGAAGGGGUUCAUUACCUGUCCGGAGUGGUACUCAUACGAAAAUUUAUGCGGCGAUAUAGAAAUUGCAAGGCGAACAAAUAUUCCUCCGUCAUGUAAGUGUUGA